AUGUUGCCAAAGCAUUCUUUCUUUGGCCACCCUAUCCAACUCCUAGACGGGUCCCGGGAGUUGGCUGAUUUCAUGACUCGGUAUUCGAGCUGGCGAGGGGGUUCCUGCGUUCUCCAGCGCGCCCUGUUGGAUCCCGCAUGUUUGCAUGCAGCUAUGCUGGUUGCAAGUGUAUCUUACGCCGUACAGAACCCCGCCAAGAAAUCCAUCCAACAAGCCAUAAUCCACCACAAAAUCGAGGCUGUGCGUCACGUCAAUAGCCGACUACAACACAUCCAGAAUGGUGUUGACGAUGGCGUAAUCGCGUGCGUGAGCAGUCUGGCAAUAGUCGAGUGUGCACUUGGGUCGACGGAUGACACAAAGACUCAUCUUGUUGGCCUCAAUCGAAUUACUAGAGUGAGACACCCCCGGCCGACGAGACCAAAGUGUCCUCUGCUGCAAAGCAUGGUGGUUUCCAUGGUAGCGUGGUGUCUUGGUGAAGGGCAGGCCCAGGUACUGGCUCAAGAAUGCAGCGACGACACAGACAGGGGGCCAUCCAUCAAUGACUCGUUCGAGCGGCUGAUGCUCGCAAACCGCGCCAGUGUGUUCAACCCCAGGAGAAGUCUGUCGGGCACCUGGAUUGCCUACACCGGCUUCAUGUGGUCCUACAUGUAUUUCUUCCUGAUACUACAGAACGAAGACUUGGACAUCUUCCUCCUCAGUUUCCAUUUGGAAGACCUGCUGGAAGCUGUUACCGUUUCGGAGCAAGCGGCGCUGGACGGGACGUACCCCGUGGCGGCUUGGAUGUGGGCCCCUGUGUUCGGGCUCUGCGUCCUCGAGAACGUAAAGGCCCGCACGGCGCUAGAACGUCAACAACUAGGAUAUUGGCAAGAAUCAUUCCUGUCCAAGAUUCGUCGGGUCAGUCGACACGUAAAGAUAGAGAACUGGGAGGACGCGAAAGACGUCCUUUUCAACUGGACAUCUGGGGAGCCGUUCGAUGGCGAGGACCAACUCAAAUGCUUAUGGGAGAGGGCCGUGGUCGGGGAGAGUCCAGCUACCUCGAUACAACGACCACCUGCAUUGGGGACACUUUCGGUGUUUUAUCCUACGACCAAGCUGGCCGACGAUGAACCCGUACCUUUGGUCACUACUAUCAUGCGAUCAACGCCUGCCGCAGCGGCGUAUGCAAGAGUGCCAUUUUAA